AUGGCCCGUGGAGGCGCAUGGUUAGUUAUAAUGGAACUAUGUUUGCCACUCGGGAGACCCAAAUCACAUGUGCCAGGGCCACAAUACGUCCACAAUGGCGUCGGCGGUACCGGGACAGAAUCGCCCACCGCUUACAUAACUAUCUUGCCAGUAUUCCAUAGAGGGCGUGUAGUAGGCUCAUGCACUCCAGGGAUCCCCUACAUAAUACGUAUACAUCGAAUCAGAUGA